CGGCGCAUGCUCGGGGAGAAAAAGGCGGGCUGAAAGCGAGACGGGCCCAAUCAGCGAUCGGCGUCGCAUAGGCGGAAGCGGAGGACGUCGGGCCUGCAGGUUGUCAUAGAGACGGGGAGCGGCGGCUGAGAUGACGGUGCACAACCUCUACCUCUUCGACCGCAACGGCGUCUGCCUGCACUACAGCGAGUGGAACCGCAAGAAGCAGGCCGGCAUUUCCAAGGAGGAGGAGUUCAAGCUGAUGUAUGGGAUGCUCUUCUCCAUCCGCUCCUUCGUUAGCAAAAUGAGCCCUGUGGAUAUGAAGGACGGCUUCCUCUCCUUCCAGACCAGCAAGUACAAGCUGCACUACUACGAGACGCCCAGCGGACUCAAGGUGGUGAUGAACACCGACCUGGGAGUGGGCAACAUCCAGGACAUCCUGCACCAGAUCUACAGCUAUAUUUAUGUGGAGUACGUGGUCAAAAACCCCCUCUGCAGCUUAAACGAGAGCAUCCAGAGUGAGCUUUUCCGGAACAAGCUGGACAGCUUCAUCCGGGCUUUGCCCUUUUUCUCGGCUCGUGCUGGCUAGGUCUCUCUCUUUUUGGGUGGGUGGGGGGGCACUCCCCCCCCCCAAGGACUCCGUGGAGCAUCCAGAAAUAGCAAGCCAUCCACCAUUUCCCAUGAUGCUGGGCAUUUGCACCUUUUCCCCGAGGAAUUGUACCUCUGGCGGGAGCCGUUUUUCCCUCCGAAGAACCAGAUCUGGAUGGUGCUCCAUCGCCGGGUAUCGCUCUUAUUUAUAGUGGAAUCUUCUGAUUUAUUUUAUUUUUUAAAAAAUAAAUUGGAUCUCAGUCGUUUCGGGAUAUU